GAAGAUUUAUUAACAAAUUUCACGUUUAAGUCUGUUACAUUUAUUGAUAUCCUGAAACCAAAAACUGACAAAUAUGGAAAUAAGUUUCAAGUCAAAAAGAGCUCUGGUCACUGGGGCAGAAAGAGGUAUUGGGAAAGAAAUUGCAAAGCAGCUUGUGAAGUGUGGCGCUGAAGUUGUUGCACUUUCACUCAACAAGGAACCAUUAGAACAAUUGGCCCGUGAAGUGAAUGUUACUACAAUUGCUGUAGACCUAAGUGAUUGGGAUAAAACAAGAGAAGCUGUGAAAUCAGCUGGACCUAUAGAUCUCUUGGUCAAUAAUGCAGGAGUAGUGAGCCUCAAUCCUUUUCUAGACAUUAAACCAGAAGAAUUUGACAGUACAUUUGCAGUCAAUGUGAAGCCCGUAAUUAAUGUCAGCCAGGUCGUUGUUGAAGGUAUGGUAAAGAGAAAGACUGGAGGGAGCAUUGUAAACAUCUCUUCACAAGCUUCACAGGCCGCUCUUCUAAAUCAUACAGUGUACUGUGCCUCAAAAGCAGCAGUUGAUCAGAUCACGAAAGUAAUGGCUGUGGAAUUAGGACCACAUAACAUUCGAGUGAAUACUGUAAAUCCCACAGUAGUUUUAACAGAAAUGGGUAGAUUUGCCUGGAGAGAUCCAGAAAAGGCAUCAAAGAUGCUGUCCGAGAUACCACUUGGCAAGUUUGCAGAGGUUGAAGACAUUGUCAAUGCUGUUCUGUUUCUGUUAAGUGACAAAGCAGCGAUGGUAAAUGGAAUCACUUUGCCUGUGGAUGGAGGUUUCCUUGCCCACUAAUGUAACUGAUCCACUUUUCACUGCUGUUUUGUGGCAGUUACAGUUUUGUCUGUACUAUACACAAGCAGUAGAAAUACUAUGCAAGCUAUUAAUUCCAGUAUGGUAAAAACAGUAAUAUUUGUUGAAGAAAAUAUGUUGAAAAAUCAGACACAUUGAUAGAUGAUACCAGUAUGUCAGGAAAUGUAUUUCUCUAUUACCAUUUAUGAUGACUAUGGCACAAGAAUAAAUUUUUCUCAUAAACAA